GUGUUUAAAUAAACACACGAGGUUCCCCGACACCCUUCCGUCGGGUCCCGAGCUGCUCAGCAGCGCUCGGCACCCAGCACACCCCAGAAAUGCGCUUCCUUCCCCGCCUCGGCCUCUCGGCCGCGCUGGCCCUCGCCGCCUUCUUCGGCUGGAGGCUGCUGCUCCAGAGCCCGGCCCGCAGGCACGGAGGUGACCUGGCCCCCAGGGCAGAGGAGGGCUUCACUUUGACACUGGACACCUUCCUUCACGUCCAGCAGCUCAGGAAGAGGAGACUGAGAGCUUUCUGCAGCCGAGCAGGCAAAGUCACCGCACUGCCGAGCAGCCAGGAUGAGAGAGCCUCCCUCCCCCCGAGCCUGAGGGUGAACACCAAGCUGGACCUCCUGUACUGCCAAGUGCCAUCAGCAGGGGUGGAGGAAUGGCAUCAGCUUUUGGAGAAGCUAGAGGAGGAAAAUGUGACACUGCCAGUGCCGCUCCCGUACCGCCAGCUACACUCUAAGGAGACACGGCUGAGCAAGUUCAACCAGACAGAGAGAAAGGCCAUGCUGAAGUCUUACACCAAAGUGCUCUUUGUCAGGGACCCUUUCCACAGGCUGAUCGCCACGUUCCUGCAAGGCAUGGGUAUCAGCCCGUCCUUCAGCAGCUUCGUCCAGGAAGUCCUGGACAGCGGAAUGCACAAUGGCAGUGCGGCGUGGAAACCACUGGUCAGCCUGUGCUGGCCCUGCCUUGUGCAGUACGACUACGUGGUGAUGUUUGGCUUCCUCAGGCAGGAGCUGGGCCACCUGCUGCACCGGGCUGGGCUGCCUGCAGGCAGCCUCCUCCCCGAGCUCACCGACAGCCAGGUGCAGUGGACCUACAGGUGGUUGUCAGAGCAGAUGUUCAGCGAGCUGUCUGCCCAACAGAAGCGGCGGCUGUCUCAUUUCUACCGCUGGGACCUUGCUGCUUUCCCAUUUUCUAGCAGUUUCCUGUCAGACCGUCCCAGCACCACAGAGACCUGGCAGAAAUAG